CGUGUGUGUGUGUAUGUGUCUGUACGUUUGUGCAUUUAUAGAUAAAUGACACCACGUGUUUGACCUAAGAAUAGAACAAAUUUCUACAGCUGUACGAGUUUCUAUCUUAAGACGUGAACGGUAUCUCCACGCGAGAUGCAUCGUUUCUUCGAUUGGCGUUGAUUUCAGUGCCCAUUGACGUACAAUAGAGACAAUUAGUCUUUCGGUGGUAUGAACAGUGCGGGAAUAUCGCCAUAAUAAUGCAGUGAUCCUUAACUAUCACGUCGCGACCAGAGUGGAAUAAAUUGGAGGAAGCCAGAGAAAAGCAACUUAAUGGGUCCAGCGAGACGGUUAUAAAUAAAUUCUUUGAAACGAGAGAUCAACCAUGUCGUUGAAUUCGGAGUUCAACGCAGUGGAUACCAACGAUGGAAUCUACGAGAACUCAAAACUCAUGUCCACGAAGGCUACGGUGUCACUGUCGCACUUCAAAAGAAUGGCACCGAUCGACAUCGAAUUCAAUGAUUUGACCUAUACGAUACCUUACGGUAGAAAAGGCAAGAAGGUAAUCUUAAGCGGAGUUUCUGGACAAUUUAAAUCUGGCGAACUGACAGCGAUUCUGGGCCCGUCCGGUGCUGGAAAAUCCUCCUUAUUGAAUAUCCUAGCAGGAUACAAAUCGACAGGCGUCACUGGGCACAUAAGUAUCAACGGGCAGACACGAGAGGCGAAACGUUUGAGAAAAUUAUCGUGCUACAUCAUGCAGGAAGAUCUUCUUCAACCGAUGCUCACGGUGUUCGAGGCGUUGCAAUUCGCCGUGGACCUAAAACUUGGCAAAACUUCGCGGGAAGAGAAGCUCACUGCUAUAGAAGAUGUCCUAGAAAUUUUGCGACUAAAACGUGCGAAGGACACGAUCACCGAACGUCUAUCAGGCGGCGAGAAAAAAAGGCUCUCGAUCGCUCUGGAACUCGUGAACAAUCCUGCUGUUAUAUUUCUCGACGAACCGACCUCAGGCUUGGACGAAAUAUCAGCCGCGCAAUGUAUCGACCUACUCGUACGCUUGGCGCGACUAGGAAGAACCGUGAUAUGCUCCCUUCAUACACCGAGCGCGAGUAUUUUCUCAAAGUUCGAUCACACGUACGUGGUAGCUGGUGGUCAAUGCAUUUACAGGGGCACGGUGGACAAUCUGGUCCCGUUUCUUCGACAAGUUGGCAUCGAGUGCCCAAAACAUUACAAUCCUGCUGAUUUUGUGAUAGAAGUGUCCGCGGGCGAUUACGGUACGGAAUGGACCAGCCGAAUGAUAAACUUGGUGGACACGGAGCUGCCAAUUGUUCCAAUUUGUCGACCAACGCAGCGCGAAUUUCAGCUGCCAAAAGAGAUGCCGAGGCUCUCCUGGUGCGAUCAAUUUGUCAUUCUCUCAAGGAGAAUGACGUUACAACUGUGGAGAAAUAAAAAUUAUAUGUAUCUGAAAAUAGGUCUACACGUAUUCCUCGGUUUCAUCAUAGGAGCAUUGUUCUUAAACGUUGGUAACGACGGAUCGAAGACUUUGUUCAACUUUGGCUUUUGCUUCGCCUGCUUGAUAUUGUUCCUCUACGUGCCCAUGCUUCCGGUCUUGCUACACUUUCCCUCGGAAGUGCAACUGGUUAAACGAGAAUAUUUCAACAUGUGGUACAAACUGAGUCCCUAUUAUUGUGCCUUCACCGUAAUGAACAUACCCGUACAGGUAUUGGUGUCAACGAUCUACCUAUCGAUGGUGUACAUAAUCACGGGACAACCUUUAGAGCUCUUCAGGUGUGCAAUGUUCUUUGGUAUUUGCUUUAUAUGCAUGUUUAUAGCGGAGAGCAUGGCUUUGGCCAUUGCCAGCACUUUGAACAUCGUGAACGGUACAUUUGUUGGUCCCGCAAUCAGCGUCCCCUUAAUGUUGCUAGCGGUGCAAGGUUUAGGGGAAACACAAACACUACCCGUUUAUCGUAAAUUGAUAAUGUAUCUAAGCUACAUUCGAUACGGCCUGGAAGGUCUCGUGACUGCCUUGUACGGUUUCAACAGAGAGAAUUUAUACUGCCCUCCCGAGGAAAUAUUCUGCGAGUUCAGAGCACCACGACAAAUUUUGCUAACAAUGCAAAUGGAAAACGUGGUCUUCUGGGUGGAUGUCGUCGCCUUGAUAGUUAUUCUCGUUCUGUUGAAGAUUCUUACAUAUUAUUUAUUGCGACAGAGGCUUAAACCGAACAGAACAUUCCGAGCGCUUCAUCUCAUCGGAAGAUUAAUAAAGAAUCACUUUGAUUUCAAUACUUAAACACUAUUCUUGUUAUUUCUACAACGAUCAUGUACAAAAUACCAGGGCCAGCGAAAACUGAUCUUUUCAUACUUCCUAAAUGUGAUACAGAACCAAAUAAUUCAACGCAAAUAAAAACGUUUUAAGGUA